CUCAUCUGCUCUGGUCACAGGUCCCUCAGACUGGUGGGUUCUGGGAGUGAGUGUGCAGGGCGUCUGGAGGUUUUCCACAAAGGCUCAUGGGGAACAGUGUGUGAUGACUCCUGGGAUAUGAAGGACGCCCAGGUGGUGUGCAGACAGCUCCAGUGUGGAGAGGCCCUCAGUGGGCUGGUUCCAGCCUGGUUUGGUCCUGGAACUGGACCCAUUUGGCUCGAUAUGGUGGAAUGUGUGGGGAACGAGACGUCCCUGUGGAGCUGUCCAUCAGAGGGAUGGGGCCGACAUGACUGUGGACACAAGGAGGACGUGGGAGUGCUGUGUUCAGAGUUUAAAGAGAUCAGACUGACUGAAGGCUGCUCUGGGAACCUGGAGGUUUUUUACAAUGGAACCUGGGGUAAUGUCUGCAUGGACCAGAUGGACUCAGACACAGUGUCUUUAAUCUGUCAAGAGCUGAACUGUGGAAAGAGUGGCAGUGUGGACUGGAGCACACCAAGACUGGCUUCAGCUCCAAACUGGCUUGACCGUGUACAAUGCCGCAAACACGACAUCAGUCUGUGGAACUGUCCGUCUUCUCCCUGGGGUCAGAAUGAAUGUAAUGCAUAUGAAGUGGCAAAAAUCACCUGUUCAGUGACAGAGGAAAAAACUGUCGCCCGAAGUCUUUUGUCAUGUGCAGCGUCUCCACAUCACAGACCAUGUACAGACCAUCUACCCCUCAGACUGAUGGAGGGAGAG